AUGUCUUUGGAGGACUCCUUAAUUUUAAACCCCGAGAACAUAUUGAUGUUUAACAUGUCGCGGGCAUCCGGUAUCGAGACAGGGGUCCAGGAGCCCUACAUUUGGCUGCCCGGUAUCGUUAUCGCCACCGUCUACGGACUUCUAAUCAUUAUUGGAAUUAUCGGUAACGUCACGCUCAUGAGAACGUUUAUCGCCGUUAAAUCCAUGCGGACGGUGCCCAACCUAUUCAUGUCCAGCCUCGCACUCGGUGACCUUCUGCUGCUUGUCACGUGCGCUCCGGUGGACGCAAGUCGGUACCUCGCUGAAGAGUGGCUCUUCGGCCGGGUGGGAUGUAAACUCAUCCCUUUCAUCCAACUCACCUCCGUCGGGGUUUCUGUUUUCACACUCACUGCGCUCUCUGCAGAUAGGUACAAGGCCAUUGUCAAACCCAUGGACAUUCAGAGGUCCACAGCUAAGAUCUCCUUCCGAGCAGCAGCCAUCUGGCUGUUCUCCAUGACCCUGGCCAUUCCUGAGGCGAUCUUCUCCGAUCUUCACACCUUUAACAUCGGCCAGACCAAUGACACCUUUGUGACAUGUGCCCCCUAUCCCAACGCUGGGGAACUUCACCCUAAGAUCCACUCCAUGGCCUUCUUCCUCAUCUUCUACAUCAUUCCACUCAUCAUUAUCUCUGUGUACUACUGCCUCAUCGCAUGCAGCCUGAUCCGGAGCGCCUCAGACAUACCCGUGGAGGCACACUUACAUAUCCAGAAACAGAUUGAGUCUAGGAAGCGUCUGGCUAAGACAGUGCUGGUGUUUGUGGUUCUGUUCGCUGUGUGCUGGCUCCCAAGUCACGUGAUCUACCUGUACCGCUCCUACCACUACGGCCAGGUGGACACGUCCCUGGGUCACUUCAUUGCCAGUGUGUGUGCCCGCGUCCUGGCCUUCAUCAACUCCUGCAUUAACCCUUUCGCCCUCUACCUGCUCAGCAACAGCUUCCACAAGCAGUUCAACAAGCAGCUCCGCUGCUGCCACCCACAAAUCAGGUGUAACGCUCAGGGCACGAGGCGGAUCAACAUGCGACUGACUUCGGUCAAGAGCACCAAUCACUCACAGAAUAACUUCAGCCAUGGGGCUCAUGUUUGUCAGGAAGGCUGUGUGUAG